AUGGCCCCGCACGCCGGUUCUCCUUCCACUGACCGCUGCGCCCAGGCGGAGAGCUGGCUUCAUUCCCAGGCCCUCGCCAACCUCGAGGAGCUUGAUAUCGCUUAUGGCAUAUGCAAACCCGAAAUCAACGCCAACCCCCCGCUGCUGGAAUCAGUGCUCCGCUCUGCGUCCACCAUCCUGGUUGCCAAGAUCGACCAUUGCGAUUUCCCCUUCGAGAUCGCGCCGCCCAUGAAUUUCCCCAAUCUCAACAAGCUCACCCUGUUUAACAUUUCCAUCUCAGAGGAGGUCUUCCACAGACUGCUCUCCGGCUGCCAUGCCUUGGAAAGCUUAUACAUGGCCGAUUUUCGUGCUCCGGGUCGCCUCCGUGUGAUCUCGCCGACUAUUAGGAGCAUCAUCUUCCGUCAUAGCAAAAAAGUGGAACUGGUCAUCGAGGAUGCUCCUCGUCUUCUAAGGUUACUGUUAACUGAUUGUAACCGUGAUGAUCGCGUCACUAUCAGGGUAAUUAGGGCGCCUAAUCUGGAGAUAUUGGGCCCUUUCUUAGUGGUCGUCUCAAAGCUCCUACUCUUCAAGGGAAUAAGCUCAGUCAGCUCCACAAACUCGAUGCGCACUGUGAAGGUUUUUGCUCUCAGGUCUUCUGGAGAUAAGCUGGAUGCAGUUCUUAACAUCCUCAAGUGGUUCCCCUGUUUGGAAAAGCUCUAUGUCACUUUUCGUCGAUGCAGGGAUAAGAGAAUUGAGCCUCCGUAUGACCCACUACAUCCAAUUGAAUGCCUUGAGACACAUCUAAAAAAAGUAGUGUUCAAGUCAUUCUUUUGCUAUGGGAAACAGCUUGAAUUUGCGAGGUUCUUUGUAUUGAAUGCAAAGGUGCUAGGCAUAAUUGAAUUUGAAGUAUAUAAUGAGUACAGCAGUGAAACGGCGGCUUAUCAGCGGAUGCUGCUACAAGUGGAAAACAGAGCUUCCCGAGAUGCUCGGUUUGAAUUCAGGAUUAGCCCUACUAAAUAUGGACUGAUUGACAUGUGUUGA